AUGGAUGGACUGCAAACUGCGAAGACAAUGGCCUGUUACUCGUCCGCACCAGCCCUGACCGCCUUUUUGGCUGAAGCCUUUGGAACCUUUGCCUUGGCUUUUGUCGUCUUUGCCUUGACAUCGGACCAAAACAAGCAAGCACAGGGUCUGUUUAUACCGCCCAUUAUUAUUGGAUCCGCCGUGGCUCUGAUUAUUGCCGUCAUUGGACCUCUCUCUGGAGCUUCUUUGAAUCCUGCGCGAGAACUUGGGCCUCGGCUGAUUCUCAAGCUUUUCGGGUGGUCUUCUGCUGUUGCCUUCAAGCAGUUGGGACUGUACGCGGGCGCUGCUGUGCUGGGUGCUGUUUCGGGUGGAUUCGUUGUAGACAAGUUCUUGUACGCCAAAGAGGACAACGACAAUCUGGGUGGCUCGUACGAUGGACGACCAUAA